AGUUCAGAGUGUGCUGUCCUUACUUCUACAUGUGUAUGUAAUGAAACCGUAAACAUGGCGGCUGUAGGCUGGUCUAGGCUUUCCAUUUUUCGGAGUAGGCUACUACCGGUGCUGGGUGCUGUUCUGCAUCGGAGCACAGGUUCUAACUGUUCAUCGAUUGUGGGGUUCGGUAGCCGUUGCGAUGGGGGCGGUGGCAUUGGCAAGGGGGUUGCCGGAUUGCUUGCGAGAGAUUACAGCUCAGAUGCAAAGGCUGAGCAGAAGCAGUUCAGAGUGCAGUUUCUUGAAGGAGAGGACUCAGGGAUUGUGGUAUUUGGAAUUAACCGCCCACAAGCUAAAAACGCAAUUAGUAGAGAUCUUGUAAAACUGAUGUCUGAAGCCAUGUCUGCAGUGAAAACUAAUAAAAAUGUCCGAACAGUUUUACUCCGGAGUGAAGUGCCUGGUAUAUUCUGUGCAGGUGCUGAUUUGAAGGAAAGAUCAAGAAUGCAUCCCAGUGAAGUCGGCCCAUUUGUGUCCCAAAGCAGGGCGAUGUUGAAUGAGCUUGCAAAUCUUCCUGUGCCAACCAUUGCAGUAUUGGAUGGUGCUGCAUUAGGAGGAGGCCUUGAAAUGGCUUUGGCUUGUGACAUCAGAGUGGCAGCUUCUUCUGCCAAGAUGGGGCUGGUGGAAACAAAGCUAGCAAUCAUUCCUGGUGCAGGAGGGACACAGCGUUUACCUCGCACCAUUGGUGUGGCAUUGGCCAAAGAACUAAUCUUCUCAGGACGAGUAGUCGAUGGUGCUGAAGCCAAACAGAUUGGACUGGUCAGUCAUGUGGCAGAGCAGAAUGAAGCAGGAGAUGCUGCAUUCCAGCGAGCCUUAGCUUUAGCAAGAGAAUUUGUGCCUCAGGGGCCUGUGGCAGUGAGAAUGGCAAAGUUAGCAAUCAAUCGAGGAAUUGAAGUGGAUUUAGCAACUGGCCUUGCAAUUGAGGAAGCAUGCUAUGCUCAGGUAAUUCCAACAAAGGACAGAAUAGAAGGCCUUAACGCUUUUAGAGAGAAAAGACCACCUCGUUACACUGGGGAGUAAGAAAAAAAUGUAGAAGCCUAUGCACUGAUCCAGGUUCCUUCGGACAAGACCUGCAUCUGAAUUUCCCAUCUUUCCAUUCACACUCACUAAGGCAAUAAAAUUAAUAAAAAUGUUGCCAGUUGCAUUAAGGUGGUUAAAGAUAUGUGUGAGCAGGUAGAUUUCAUACAGUGACAGUAUGGAGUGAAUCUUUCUUCACUGUGCUGAUUAAGGCAUUACAGGAUUGUAGGAGUUGAAUAGUAACGUUUCAGAUAUGUAGUCACAUCGUUGUGUUUUACAAUAAUUUGAAAAUGACCAUAUUAUACAGCUGUAGCCAUGACAUCCAUUGGAUAAAUGUAUUUUCAUAAAAAGAAAUAUUACCUCUACAUAAUAAAGCCAUAUUAAUGUUUUA